CUCUACCUGCUACUUGAGUGUUUUCCGCUGCUGUUAAGUGUCGCCGGCCUCUUUCCCCGCCACUCGAGUGUUUCGGCCACAGAUGCGCUUCCCGGCUCUAUUGCUGAGGAGGUUUCGUCAGUGGCUCGUAAGGUUGAAUCAUCGUCAAUGUCAUUGCUGGCAUCAGGGAACAUUGGAAUCAGGCCCUUGAGUAAAGUGGCAGCAUGUCGGGUGGAAGAUGUUCAUCGGGCAGGUAUGGGUAGAGUAGAAGGCAGAGAAGCUGAUGCUGGCAUUGUACGUAUGAUGAGGGGGAAAGCUAACUGCUGUGUACUUAGGGCUGCAGAAGACAGGAAUGCCAGAGGGAAGAACGGUGUUGCAGAAGAGGGGGAUCCGAAUGGAAAGAUGGAAGAUGAUGAUGAUGACGAUUGGGAGAAGGCAGCUGAUCGGUUUACGGGAUGUGAAGACCCGGUUCCACAGAAAGUGUGCCAUGAUGGAGAUGGGGAGUUGUCUUCAGGACAGGAUGACCUGAAGAGUUUUGAGGAAGAUGGGCAUAUAUCGAGCUGGAAUGGAGUGAGAAAAAGUGACAACGGGGCUGGAUGUGAGUUCAAUCCAGUGCAAGAGAAAGGCAAACAUCCAGGUGAACUGCGAGAUGAUGCCAGAGAUCAGGAUGUUCACCAGUGUAAGCUGGUGACUCGUGAAAUGUGUAGUGAUGAAGGGAAUUGUUGUGGUGAGGACUUCAAGGGGAAAGAGGAUAAAACUGGUGUUGUUCUAGGGAAAGGGCCAGAAGUUUUUGCUGUGUCUGUAACCUCUGGUGCAAAGCUGGCUGGAAGAUGGGAUUGGGGAGCGAUUGGUGAAUAUGAAUCAGUCAUGUCAGGCGCUAUGGAGAAACAUAGAGACCGAAGAGAGCAGGGUGUUGACUGGAGGGAGGAGGGGAGAAAUGAGAGACAGGAAAAACUUGGGAAAGCUGCGGAGGUGGUGAAGACACUCCGAGUUGACACAUCGCCCAGCAUGUAUGGCGGUACGGGGUGUGUGCAGAGUGAAAAUGCUGUGGAAAAGAGAACGUGGGCAAAUGUGAUCAGUUUGGUCAACAAGCCUGUGACAAAGGCAGAGAUCAGGGAAGGUCUGCUCUUGAGUGAAGGGAACAGGAGAAGUUACUCUCGUGGCACUAGACAAGGACUCCACAAAGCUAGUGGGCUGAGAAACUGUGAUGGCGAGUCAGAUGUUCCAUGCCGUGAUGAGGCACUGCGUAUUGCUGCAGUAACAAGGAAGAAAAGCUUUGAGUGCAUGGAGCGUGUCGAUGGGAAGAUGGUAAUGGCCGGAGAAGUCCAAGAGGAUUCUCAUGCGUCGGCUUGUUUCUUUGACACACCAGACAGGGCCCCGGGGUAGGUGCGUCAACAAUACUGCUUAUGCAUAAGCCGCU